CAGGAAGUAAAUUACAGAUCUCGUCUAAGUCUCGACUAAAAUCUCCCUCCUUCAUUGUACAUUCCAAAGUUUGCUGAACAGAAAUAUACAUUUAGAGGCCCAUUGUGUCAAAAAUGGCUCUUUCCAAACCAAAAAUUCCAGGCACGGCCCAACACUUUCUGGAGUGUGGUUUUGAAGAUUGUGAGAGAAAUUGUGAAUUCUACUGCAAUUCCUGCCAUCAACAGAUGUGUAAAUCAUGCAGAGACCAACAUCUAAAGAUUCCAGAAAACAAAAACCAUGAAGUGGUCCUUUAUCAGCAACGCAAAAGGCAACUUCCUGUGGAGAAAUGCAAGAUCCACCCCACUAAAGAUAUAGAUAUUUUCUGUGAAGAAUGCAAUGUUCCUUUAUGUUCAAAGUGUUCAACAAUGCAAGAUCAUCGGGGGCAUCAAUUUAUUGAUUUAGAAGUUAUAUACACAGAGAAAUUUGAAAUUUGCCAUACGGAACUCUCUAAAAUCCAUAAUUACUUUGUUCCUACAUCACAGGAUUUACAGAGAGAAGUUCGGGAAGAUGCCACAGAAGUUAAACAGAUCAUGGACAGCAUACGGACAUCCAUGAAGGCUGAAGCCGAGUCUCUCAAAAACAUGGUGGACACAGUGCUCUCAGAAAAUAUGGAAGAAUUAAACCAAAUAGAGAAGUCAUUACUGGAGAAAUUACAGAGCCAAGAGAAGACAUUUGAUGAUUAUAUUGCCUAUCUCAGUGACCUUGUUAAAGAGUUCCAGAGUUACCUGUCCUCUACUGAGCUCUCCAACUUCACAACUAAACUUCCUGAGAACUUGAAAAUAAAAUCCAUACCAGAAACCACAAAACCUGUCACACCAGAAUUUUCUCCUGCUCAAUACAGCAAAAAUGAUGUUGAUAAAUUACUGGGGAAGAUAACUGUAACAAAUAAAAAAGAAAAACUAAGAAGAGUAGAGCCCAUGGAAAUUGCUUCUUUCUCUACAUCAAUGAAAUCUACAAGUCAACAGACAAAACAAGAUAAACAUGUGAAAUCUGACAAGAAACAAACAUUGUCUCUAUCUGCCUCUGUCACCAAGGUCAGGGAGUUCAAUGUACCAGGUGUUGAUAAUGUAUACCAUGUAUCACUAGAUCAAUCAGACAGACUCUGGAUCAGUGACAAUGAUGGUAAUCUUGUCCAAAUAGAUCUACAGGGGAAUGUGAUACAGAAGAUAAAAACCAGUGGUGGAUCUGGUUACCACACAGUCACACAGGACGGGGAUCUGAUCUUUACAGACCAAUACAAGAAAGUCAUCAAUAGGAUAACACAGGAUAAUAAUAUCACUGAAUUCAUUAAAACUGGAGACUGGACACCACUCAGCAUACACUCCUCCCACAUCAACGGGGACUUACUGGUGGGGAUGUGGAAGAUUGGAGAAGUGGGUAAAGUCACCAGGUACAACAAGACAGGAAAAGAACUACAGAACAUACAGAGGGAUAACAAAGGACAGAAACUGUAUAGUGAACCACACUACAUAACAGAAAACAUCAAUGGAGAUAUCUGUACAUCAGACUGGAGUAAAAAGGCAGUAGUGGUGGUGAAUAAAUCAGGACAACACAGGUUCUCCUACAAAGGUCAGGAGUCAGAGUUCAAUCCCUAUGGAAUCUGUACUGAUGUCCUCGGUCACAUCCUGGUGUGUGAUGGUGUCAGUGACACUGUUCACCUCCUUGAUCAGGACGGUCAGUUCUUGUCUCUAUUACUCACACAACAACAAGGGGUAGAGUAUCCCCGUAGUGUGUGUGUGGAUGAUGAGAACAAUCUCUAUGUGGGACAACGAGACACCAAUACACUGACAGUGUACAAGUAUAUAAAGUGAUUAUAAUUCCAUCAGUUGUACAUAAUUCUAAAACUUAAAUUUGUGAUUUCCAGCACAGAAAUGUAUAUUCUGAAUAGUGUUCCGUCUAUUGAACAUUAUUAUACUGAACAAAUUGUACAUACUGUAAAUUAAUUUCAAUGGAAAACAUUGCAUAAACACUUCUUUGGAUUUGGAAUUAAAAGAUAUCUUGUC